AUAGAGUGCCUUCUAGUGCUUCAAAUAGAGUGCCUUAUAUUGCUUUAAAUGGAGUGCCUUCUAGUGCUCCUAAUAGAGUGCCUUUUAGCGUUUUAGAUAGAGUGCCUUCUAGUGUUUUAGAUAGAGUGCCUUCUAGUGCUCCUAAUAGAGUGUCUUCUAGUGCUCCUAAUAGAGUGUCUUCUAGUGCUCCGAAUAGACCUCCUCCGCAGGGUGUUCCUACACUUGGGGAUGUCAUACGAUCUCGCUCGGACCUGACGCUGUUUGGAAAAAUGCUGGAAACUUCCCACAUUGAUCAGCUCAUUCCCUGUCCCUUGACCUUCCUCACCAUUACUGAUGACAAGGCAAGGGAUUAUCAGGGGCGGAAGCCUCCGCCGUGUCUUGCAGCAGCUCUCGAGCGACCAGAAAAUCAGGCAAAUGUUCUCAAGCUUCUUGGCCGUACGGCUGCUCUUGGAAAAUUAGAGACUCUCCCCGUAGGAUCGACCGUCCCUGUUUUGCAUGGGAAACCAGGCACUGUAAGAGAGAGAGGCUCCUCGGUUACGUGGAACAACAUUCAGCUGAGCGGCGAGAAGAUCGUCUUCGACAGAGGAGUGAUCUUUCUGAUGAGUGGAAAUGACAUGUCGGAUGCAGAAAGCCGCGAGCUGCUGCGUCUGAUCGUAUAUUGGAGUUGCCUUCAUGAAUACUUGCAGCAGAAUCCAGGCCUAACCCGUCUCGCGUUGAUGAUGGUAGACAAUCGCAGGGCACUUCCCGUCCUCGGUAUUCCUCCAGGACCUCGCCCUGCGUGGGUAGCACGAGGAACGUCUGGAUGGUUUCCUCCUCCUGGAGAAGCUGAAAGUCAUCACGAGACGCAAGUGCUGCUAGACUAUGACGGCUUUAGUCUGGACGGUGGCUUCUUCGGAGCUCCCGCGGGGGAAGAAGGCGGGGAGAGCUUUGAUGGUGGUUCAGGAGGGGCGGAAGCUGGGGAGCAGCAUCCAGUUGGUGGUAGCUCUGAGGAGGAAAUUAAUGAAGGGGAGCAACAUCCUGUUGGUGGUAGCUCUGAGGAGGAAAUUGAUGAAGGGGAGCAACAUCCUGUUGGUGGUAGUUCUGAGGAAGAAGCCUCAGCAGCCGAAGUGCUGCCGAACGCAGUCAAGAUGCCUGCUGCUGUGGUAGAGACGGAGGAGGCCCCUCUCUUAGAGGCAGUGAUGGAGGAGGGCAAGCCGACAGAAGACGUGGCGUAG